CAAGAGCCUACCAGUCCAUCAGCAAUAUAAACCUCUCAUCCCCACCAUUCAUCUCCCAAACGUCUAUCGCGCUUCACCUACCUCAGUCCACCCCACACCACCCGCUCCAUCUCCUCUCCAGUCUAGCCAUGCCAUUCUUCAAUCCCUCCCCAUCCCUCUCCCUCUUCUACACUCUCCACGGCCCUUCCACCAACCCGCCCAUCCUCCUCAUCCACGGCUGGUGCUGCGACUCGCACGACUGGUCCUGGCAAAUCCCUUUCCUCACUCAAACGCACUACGUCAUCGCCACCGACAUGCGCGGCCACGGCCGCUCCAGCGCCCCCGCGCACCUUUCCUACACGCUCCAAGACCAGGCCGCCGAUGCCGCAGCACUGCUCCGCCAUCUGGAACUAGAGAAAGACGUACUAGUUAUGGGGCACUCAAUGGGCGCGAUGGCAGCAUCGGUGUUGAGCGUGCUAGAGCCUGAGUUGGUUAAAGGCAUUGUGUUGAUCGACCCACCGUACCACUAUCCCUCUAAAACUUGCGACGAAACAAUGGCAUGGUACGCCGCCUCUCCGAGCGCGACUACCAAUGCCCUCCAGUCCUAUCCCAGCAUGAUAGGCGCCAUAACUCCUGAGUGGAUGAAGUUGUGGUAUCUGCGGCGUCUUGAGGGCACGCCCGAGCAUGUGAUUCGGAAGUCCAUCGAGGGUUGUUUUGGCGAAGAGAUGCUUGGGAGAGCGGAGCUGCACGAGGAGUUUGUGAAGGGGAAGAGGAAGGCGCCGAGGCUGGCGGUGUAUAAAGAGGAGGAGCGGGCGGAGAGAGAGAGGGCUUUUGGUGUGGAUGUGGGGAGAGGGGAUGAGGUAGUUGUGAUAGGGGAUGGGGCGGGGCAUUGGCCGCAUCAGACUAGGAGUGAGGAGUUCAAUGGGUUGUUGGGACGGUGGUUAACGAAGAUUGGAACGGAAUAAAGGGUACGGGCAUAGCCUUGAGGAGCAGAAUGUUGAAUGCCGAUGGAGUAACGUUGUG